UGCUCAAUGAAAACUUGGCUUGAACUAAUUUAUAAAAUUGUUCCACUUGUAUUCUAAAAAGAAUAAAUUUGUUAAAAUUAUAAAAAAUUUGAUUAUGCAUAGAUAGAUACAUCACAAAAGUUACCCUAAAAUCUUCUUCAAUAAAUGACAAAAUAUAAGUGUCAAUCAAUAUGUCAAAUCUUAUUAUCAAUUCAUUGAAUUCUCUAAGCCGGAUUGUGCAGAGUAAAUCAUCAAUACUAUUGUCAACUGCUGAAAAAUCAAUUAUUGUAAGUCAAACUCGUGGAACAAAACAUUGGAAUCCAAAAUGGAAAAAAUGGCGAGCAGCGAAAGUCAUAAAAAUAAAGUUACCUGAUUAUCAAAAAAAUGAUGAGACUGAUGAAACAGUGCUCCAGGAAAAAAUGAGAACUAAAUUGAAAGAAAUGGGAUUACAACCUAAUAUGCCAUGGAUCGAAAAACAAACUUAUAUUAGUUGUACUGGUGGAAUUUUUGAGGCCUAUGUUCCACCUGAAGGGGAUGGAAAAUUUUCCAUCGUUUCAGCAACCGGUGCUAAACAACGAGCAAGUUUUAUGAGAAAAAAGGGUACCUCGUAUAUGGCAGUACGAAAAAUACGUUCAUUUGAUGAUGAUUUUACUCUUGAAGAAUUCGAAACAGAAGCUGAGGAAAUUUACAUUAAAGCUCAUAAGGCAAUAGCUAAAAAAGAUGAAGACGAAUUAAGAUUGAACCUAACUGAAAAAGCACUUGUUGAAGCACAACACAAUACUUUGGAUAAAACAAUUCGCUGGAGAUAUAUUGAAACAUUAGAACCGCCACGAGUUGUUCAUGCUCGUAAUACUUCUGUCAUAACCAAGGAAAAUAUUUAUGCUCAAUUAACUGUUCGAUUUCAUAGCACACAGACUCUAGCUAUCUAUGACAGAUUUGGCCGUCUAAUGCAUGGUAGUGAAAUUGUCAAAAAAGAUGUUUUAGAAUACGUAGUAUUUGAAAAACAUUUAUCAAAUAAAUAUGGAUUGUGGCGUAUUCAUGGAAAAAUCAUUCCUUCUUGGAUGCCUGAAAGAGAGUAUGCUGAGAGAACUUUCUUAAAACCAGAAGAAAAACAUACAAUUGAGACGACACCACCUCCUUCUCAAGAUAGCCAACAACCUAUUACUGCGUAACUCAAUGACAUCAAAAUAUUUGUCAAAAUAUAAUAAAAUUUUAUAAUUUUAAUAUUAGAGCUGAAAAAAUAAAAAUUAUAAAUAAUA